ACAUUUUACAGAGCCGGAGCCAGCGGGAGAGACCGGGGAGGGAGCAGCCGGGGAGAGGGAGCAACAGGAGGAGAGAAGCGGGGACAGAGGCUGUCUACAGCCGCCAUGGUGAAGAGGAAGUGCUCGGACGGGCAGGACCAGGAGCGGUUGCGGGGGAUCCCGCUUCCCAUCCAGAUAUUCCUGUGGAGACAGACCAGUGCCUUCCUGAGGCCAAAGCUUGGCAAGCAGUAUGAGGCAUCCUGUGUGUCAUUUGAAAGAGUCCUUGUUGAGAACAAGCUACACGGCCUCUCUCCUGCCCUCUCUGAGGCUAUCCAGAGCAUCUCCAGAUGGGAGUUGGUCCAAGCUGCCCUACCGCAUGUGUUGCAUUGCACGGCCACGCUGCUCUCCAACAGGAACAAAUUAGGGCACCAGGAUAAGCUUGGCGUUGCCGAAACUAAGCUGCUACACACUCUCCAUUGGAUGCUCCUGGAAGCCCCUCAGGAUUGCAGUAACGAUCGGUUUGGCACUGACCGAAGCUCCAGCUGGGGAGGAGGCAGUAGCGCUUUUAUCCACCAAGAAAACCAAGGCUCUCCUCGUCUGUCCAGGCAAAGCAACACUAAUGAGGAAGAUGAGAACAUUCGGAGGAAAUUCCUACAGAAUUCCAUGGCCACCGUCGAACUCUUCGUUUUUCUGUUCGCACCUCUGGUCCACAGGAUUAAAGAAUCAGAUUUGACUUUCCGCUUGGCAAGUGGACUGGUGAUUUGGCAGCCAAUGUGGGAACACAGGCAUCCUGAGGUUCCAGCUUUCACAGCGCUGGUGAAACCAAUCCGGAACAUCAUCACAGCAAAAAGAAGUUCUACUUCCAACAGUCAGAACCAAGGGGUGGAUUCUCCGAAGCCGUAUACUGGGCACAAACAGGGAUAUGACGUGCUGUCAGAAGCGGUGCAGCCAGAAGGCUCCAUCUCUCCCCAAGCAACUGUAUCCAGCUGCCAGAGGGCCAACUCAUUUGAUGGCUGUACGUCCUCCCAAACAACACAGGACAGAGGACCCCACUUUCCAAGAAUGUCUUUAGUGAUCCCACCGUGCCAGAAGUCUCGCUAUGCCACUUACUUUGAUGUGGCUGUGCUGAGAUGCCUUCUGCAGCCCCAUUGGUCGGAGGAAGGAACGCAGUGGUCACUCAUGUACUACCUGCAUCGGCUGCGGCACAUGCUGGAAGAGAAACCAGAGAAGUCUCCUGAACCUGAGGCGCCCCCUCUACCGCGACCUCGCAGUAGCUCCAUGGUGGCAGCUGCUCCUUCCCUUGUAAAUACCCAUAAAACCCAGGACAUGACCAAGUGCAAUGAAGAAGACAGGUCUCUGGGCGCCGAGCCGUACGCCAAGGUGUCAUUGACCAACCUUCGCAGAUCUGCAGUACCGGAUCUCUCCUCUGACAUUGGCAUCAACAUUUUCAAGAGGCUUAGAACCCGAAGAGACGAUCGAGAGCGCAAGGGAUCCAUACCGUACCACCACCAUGGGAAGAAGCGGCAGCGCCGGAUAGGGAUGCCAUUUCUGCUGCACGAGGAUCACCUGGACGUAUCCCCAACCCGCAGUACGUUUUCCUUUGGGAGUAUUUCUGGUAUUGGCGAGGACAGGCGCACUAUUGAGAAAGGGGGCUGGCAGACCACAAUCUUAGGUAAAUUCACGAGGCGCGGGAGCUCGGACACGGCCACAGAGAUGGAGAGCCUGAGCGCAAGGCAUUCUCACUCCCAUCACACGUUGCUGACAGACCUCCCCGACCACUCCAACAGUCACGGAGAUAAUACAGUUAAAGAAGUGAGGUCCCAAAUUUCCACCAUAACUGUGGCCACGUUCAACACCACUCUGGCGUCCUUUAAUGUUGGCUAUGCCGACUUCUUCGCUGAUCACAUGAAGAAGCUCUGCAAUCAAGUUCCCAUCCCUGAGAUGCCGCACGAACCCCUGGCAUGUGCCAACCUGCCCCGCAGCCUGACGGAUUCCUGCAUCAACUACAGCAGCCUGGAGGACACUGACCACAUAGACGGCACCAACAACUUCGUCCACAAGAAUGGAAUGCUGGACCUAUCGGUCGUUCUUAAGGCAGUAUACCUCGUCCUGAACCACGACAUCAGCUCUCGUAUCUGUGACGUGGCCCUGAAUAUUGUGGACUGCUUGCUGCAGCUGGGGGUAGUACCGUGUGUGGAGAAGAAGAGGAAGAAGAGUGAGAACAAGGAGAAUGAAUCAGCUACAAUGUCUGGAUCAGCCUCGGUCAGUGGGGAGAAGAGGCAAAGCGAAGGGAAUUUCCAGAUAAUGGGGGCAGGCCGAGAAUCCAGCUGCGGAUUUGGAGGUCCGUCCAGCGAGGGAACUAGCGGUGGAGGAGGAGGAGGAGGUGGAGGUGGGGAUGACGGAAGCGGUGGGGACCGAUAUUUUGACAAGGAUGAGAAGAACACUGAGAAGGAUGAGAAUAUCCCAGUAACCACCCACAAGCUGGCUCUCACCAUGCUUAUUAAGCUGGUGAAAUCGUUAGGUUGCGCAUAUGGCUGUGGAGAGGGCCACCGGGGGCUGUCUGGAGAUCGCCUAAGGAACCAGGCACAAAGCUGUCUUACCAAGCUAUAUAAACUGGAUAAAGUGCAGUUCCGGCAGACAAUGAAAGAUUAUGUUAACAAGGAUUCGCUAAAUAAUGUAGUGGACUUUCUCCACGCCCUUCUGGGAUUUUGCAUGGAACCAGUUACUGAUAACAGGGCUGGAUUUGGGAAUAACUUUGCCACAAUGGACAACAAGUCCCCAUCUCAGGGCGUGGAGGGGAUCAUUGUAAGCUCCAUGUUUAAGUCACUGAUUACGCGAUGUGCAUCAACCACACACGAGCUGCACAGCGCUGAGAACCUGGGAUUGUAUUGCGAUAUUCGACAGCUCGUGCAGUUUAUCAAAGAAGCUUACGGCAACGUAUUUAGACGGGUGGCGCUCAGUGCCCUUUUGGACAGUGCUGAGAAGCUAACGCCAGGGAGAAAGUCAGACGAUUCACAACAGGAGCCAAGGCCUUCCGGAAGCAAAAGACCGGAAGAAGCGAGUGCUCCUGAAAAGGGGCGGGUGUCCUAUGGGCCCGAGGAAUGCCGAAGUUACAUCUCCAGUCACCCCCCGCAGACUCCAGAGCACAUUGCGGAGAAUUUAAAUGUUCACCCGGAUCUGUCUCGCAGUGAUGAGCAAAUGCAAGGUGCAGGAUUAGGGCGCAAAGAUUUCUGGCGCAAAGUGUUCAAAUCCCAGAGUGCUGCCAGUGACACGAGCAGCCAAUCAGAACCGGACACUUCAGAAUGCACCACCGCUCACUCUGGAAACACCAAUGAGAAGCGCUCAAGAUCCAGGUCCCGUAGAAUCUCACUCCGCAAAAAGCUCAAACUGCCUUUAGGCAAUUGGUUGAAAAGGUCUUCGCUUUCCGGGCUGACGGAUAAUGUUGAAGAUCUUCUGGACAUCAGCUCUGUGGAUCGGCUUUCAUUUAUCAGGCAGAGCUCUAAGAAUGCCGCUGGCAUUAGGAAGAGGUUGCCAGCACAGGAGAUGGGGGAGACAGAUAAAAAGGUGAAAUUUACCAGCGCAGUAAAGCUGUCAGAGGUUGGACCGGGAACCGGGAUCGAUGGCGGGAGAGACGAAGAAGACAAUUUUUUCAAGCGUCUUGGUAAAUGGCGCUCAAGCAGAAGGAAUACAUCCAGGCUUCAUCACACAGAAGAAAAAGAUGGAUGCCAGAGCUUUGACGAUCAUGCCACAGCCAAUCAUGAGGCUGGGAAAAGUAAAAACGUUGUCAACCUGGGAGCAAUCAGGCAGGGGAUGAAGCGCUUUCAGUUCCUCCUCAACUGCUGUGAGCCUGGGACUAUACCGGAUGCCUCUAUCCUGGCUGCUGCCCUAGACCUGGAAGCCCCUGUUGUGGCACGGGCAGCUCUCUUCCUGGAAUGUGCCCGAUUUGUCCACCGCUGUAAUCGGGGCAACUGGCCGGAGUGGAUGAAAGGACAUCAUGUGAACAUUGCCAAAAAGGGCCUAUCUCGUGGUCGCUCCCCUAUUGUGGGCAAUAAGCGAAACCAGAAGCUGCAGUGGAAUGCAGCCAAGCUCUUCUACCAGUGGGGAGAUGUGAUAGGUGCCCGUCUCAAUGAGAUUUGUCACAGUGAAAGCGAAAGUCCAGCCAACCUGCUGGGUCUUAUCUAUGAUGAAGAAACCAAGAGAAGGCUGAGGAAAGAGGAUGAGGAAGAAGACUUUUUAGAUGACAGUAAGGAGACUCCCUUUACUACAAGAAACCCUGCUUGUUCCGUAAACCCAACAAAGUGCGGCUGUCCUUUUGCGCUGAAGAUGUCAGCAUGUCAGUUACUUCUGGAAAUCACCACUUUCUUAAGGGAAACUUUCCCGUGCCUGCCGAGACCUCGAGCUGAGCCUCUUGUGGACCUGGAGACCUGCCGGCUACGCUUGGACCCGGAGAUGGACCGCCACAGAUACGAGAGGAAGAUAAGCUUUGCCGGGAUCCUGGAUGAGAACGAAGAUUCUAAGGACUCCCUGCACAGCAGCAGCCACACACUGAAAUCAGACACCGGCUGUGAGGAGAAGAAAGUUCCCAGCAGGAAGAUCAGGAUAGGAGGCUCCCGCUUGCUCCAGAUUAAAGGGACCCGCAGUUUCCGGGUGAAGAAAGGGGGCUCUCUGUCCAGCAUUCGCCGGGCCGGCAGCCUAAAGAGCACCAAACUAACACGCCAGGACUCAGGGUCCGAAAAUGAGGACAUCCAGCUGUCACAGAGCAGGGAUACUGUUACUGACAUAGAAGGGAGCCCCUGGAGCACUAGUGAGCCCAGCAUUGAGCCAGAUGGAGGCAACAUUAGCACUGAAGAAAGCUACCACCGUAAUAUGUCCUGGUUGCACGUUAUGAUCCUUUUAUGCAACCAACAAAGCUUCAUUUGUACCCACGUGGAUUACUGCCACCCCCACUGCUACCUGCACCACAGUCGCUCGUGUGCUCGGCUGGUCAGAGCCAUAAAGCUGCUGUACGGAGACACGGUGGACUCGCUCAAAGAGGACCAUCUGGGUUGUGGCUCCGGGACUAGAGGCAAGAAAGUGAAAGAGUGCUCAGACAAGUCCUGCCUGCGGACCCCAUCCCUGAAGAAGAGAGUUACAGAAGCCAACCUGGAGGGAAAGAAGGACAGCGGGAUGCUGAAAUACAUAAGGCACCAGGUUAUGAGCUUGUGCCCUGCCCCUCUGUCCUUACUGAUUAAGGCAGCCCCAAUCCUGACGGAGGAGAUGUAUGGGGACAUACAGCCGGCUGCCUGGGAGCUGCUGCUGAGUGUGGAUGAGCACAUGGCUGGGGCUGCAGCUGCCAUGUUCCUGCUUUGUGCUGUGAAGGUGCCGGAUGCAGUCUCCGAGAUGUUAACCUCUGAGUUCCAGCAUCCAGAGACAGGGCAGAGAAUGAAUGCCAUUCUUAAGUUCCACACUCUUUGGAGGUUCAGGUACCAGGUGUGGCCACGGAUGGAGGAAGGAGCUCAGCAGAUCUAUAAGAUCCCUCCUCCCAGCAUUAAUUUUACUUUACCCUCUCCCAUCCUGGGUAUGCCCUCUGUGCCAAUGUUUGAUCCACCCUGGGUCCCGCAGAGCAGCGGAAGCGUCCAAGACCCAAUCAGCGAAGACCAGUCUAAAUCGUUCUCCGCUCGUGCCGUGUCCCGAUCCCACCAGCGAGCUGAGCACAUUCUCAAGAACCUCCAGCAGGAAGAAGAGAAGAAGCGUUUAGGCAGGGAGGCCAGUCUGAUCACAGCCAUACCAGUCACCCAGGAGGCAUGUUACGAACCAACGUGCUCUCCUAACUCUGAACAAGAAGAGGAAGUAGAAGAAGCAACGAUUCUGAAUUCCCGCCGUCUGUCCGUCAGUCCGUCCUGCACUUCAAGCACCUCUCACCGCAACUACUCGUUCCGCCGUGGCUCUGUGUGGUCCAUACGCUCUGCUGUGAGCGCAGAAGAUGAGGAACAUGCCACCGAUCACACUGCAAACCAUCACGUGUCCCAGCCUCCGCAGCCCGUGUUUCCUGCGUGCAUUUGCGCUGCCGUUUUGCCGAUUGUUCACUUGAUGGAGGACGGAGAUGUUCGUGAAGAUGGAGUCGCAGUAAGCGCAGUAGCCCAGCAAGUGCUCUGGAAUUGCUUAAUUGAGGAUCCGUCCACUGUGCUGAGACAUUUCCUGGAGAAGCUCACUAUCAGUAACCGCCAGGAUGAGCUGAUCUACAUGCUGAGGAAGCUGCUUCUGAACAUUGGGGACUUCCCUGCACAAACAUCACACAUCCUUUUCAACUAUUUGGUUGGCCUAAUUAUGUACUUUGUCCGUACCCCGUGUGAGUGGGGCAUGGAUGCCAUCUCCGCCACCCUGACCUUCCUGUGGGAAGUAGUUGGCUAUGUGGAAGGUCUGUUCUUUAAAGACCUGAAGCAGACAAUGAAGAAGGAGCAGUGUGAGGUUAAACUUCUCGUCACGGCAUCAAUGCCAGGUACAAAGACACUAGUAGUUCAUGGACAGAAUGAGUGUGACAUACCUACCCAGCUGCCGGUACACGAAGACACUCAAUUCGAAGCACUACUGAAGGAAUGUCUGGAGUUUUUCAACAUAGCUGAUUCCCAGUCUGCAAACUACUUUCUCAUGGACAAACGCUGGAAUCUGACCCACUACAACAAGACCUAUGUACGUGAUAUUUAUCCAUUUCGGAGGUCAGUUUCGCCACAACUGAAUCUGGUACACAUGGCACCUGAGAAAGGCCAAGAACUCAUUCAGAAGCAGGUGUUCACUCGGAAACUGGAGGAAGUUGGACGAGUUCUCUUCCUCAUAUCGCUGACACAGAAGAUCCCCACUGCCCAUAAGCAGUCUCACGUGUCCAUGCUACAAGAAGACCUUCUGCGUCUGCCUUCUUUUCCUCGUAGUGCCAUUGAUGCGGAGUUCUCGCUGUUUAAUGACGCCCAAGGCGGGAAGGAGCUGUUCGGCUUGGAUACGUUGCACAAGAGCCUGUGGAUAAAGCUCCUAGAGGAGAUGUUUUUGGGCAUGCCCAGCGAAUACCCGUGGGGGGAUGAGAUAAUGCUUUUCCUCAAUGUCUUCAAUGGCGCUCUGAUUCUUCAUCCAGAGGACAGCGCCCUCCUCAGGCAGUAUGCUGCUACUGUCAUUAACACGGCUGUACAUUUCAACCAUCUCUUCUCACUCAGUGGGUACCAGUGGAUCCUGCCCACCAUGCUCCAGGUGUAUGCCGACUAUGAGAGCAACCCGCAGCUGCGCCAAGCCAUUGAAUUCGCCUGCCGCCAGUUUUACGUUCUGCACCGCAAGCCGUUUGUGCUUCAGCUGUUUGCCAGCGUGGCUCCCCUGCUGGACCUGCCUGAUGGAGUGAGCAGCUCCUCGUCUAGCAAGGGAGUGUCUGCCCAGUGCCUGUUCGACCUUCUCCAGUCCCUGGAGGGAGAAACAGCUGACAUACUGGAUAUAUUGGAGCUGGUGAAAGCUGAACGUCCCCUUAAAUCAUUAGAUUUUUGCUACGGCAAUGAAGACAUGGCCUUCUCCAUCAGCGAGUGCAUAAAGCUCUGCGUGACAGUUGUAGCAUACGCGCCAGAGUCGUUCCGCAGCCUCCAGAUGCUGAUGGUGCUGGAGGCGAUGGUUCCUUGCUACCUGCAGAAACUGAAACGACAGACCACCCAGCUAGAGACUGUGUCGGCUGCGCGGGAAGAGAUUGCUGCCACCGCGGCGCUGGCCACCUCCCUCCAGGCCCUUCUCUACAGUGUGGAGGCCCUGACCCGGCCCAUGACUGCUCCCCAGAUGAGCCGUGGUGACCAAGGCCACAAAGGGGCCACAGCAGCAAACCACACUAUGUCGGCUGGAGUCAACUUGAGAGAUAACCUCCACCUGCUGGAAGAAGGUCAGGGACUGCCCAGGGAAGAGCUGGAUGAAAGGAUCGCACGGGAAGAAUUCAGAAGGCCACGAGAGUCUCUGCUCAACAUCUGCACAGAGUUUUACAAGCAUUGCGGCCCUAGGUUGAAGAUUCUUCAAAACGUGGCCGGAGAACCGCGGGUCACCUCGCUGGAACUCCUGGACGUCAAGUCGCACAUGAGGCUGGCAGAGAUUGCCCACUCGCUCUUGAAGUUGGCUCCAUACGACACACAGACUAUGGAGAGCAAGGGCCUGAAGCGAUACAUCAUGGAGAUGUUGCCCAUCACGGACUGGUCAGCCGAGGCAGUGCGGCCUGCCCUGAUUCUCAUCUUAAAGAGACUGGAUCGUAUGUUCAAUAAAAUACACAAAAUGCCAACUUUAAGGCGACAGGUUGAGUGGGAGCCUGCCAGCAAUUUGAUAGAAGGGGUUUGUUUGACUCUGCAGAGGCAGCCAAUCAUAUCCUUCCUGCCUCACCUUAGGUCUCUGAUCAAUGUUUGUGUAAAUCUGGUAAUGGGUGUAGUAGGGCCCUCUAGCGUUGCAGAUGGAUUGCCUCUACUCCACCUCAGCCCAUACCUCUCCCCUCCCUUGCCCUUUAGCACCGCAGUAGUCAGGCUCGUGGCACUUCAGAUACAGGCAUUAAAAGAGGACUUUCCGCUAAGCCAUGUGAUCUCCCCCUUCACCAAUCUGGAGAGGCGAGAGGGGAUGCUGCUCAACCUGCUCAUCCCAUUUGUGCUGACAGUGGGAUCUGGAAGCAAAGACAGUCCCUGGCUGGAGCAGCCUGAAGUGUUCCUGCUGUUGCAGACUGUGAUAAACAUCCUGCUGCCCCCACGUAUCAUCAGCACCUCUCGCAGCAAGAACUUUAUGCUGGAGAGUUCCCCUGCUCACUGUUCCACUCCCGGGGACACCGGGAAAGACCUGCGUAGAGAAGGACUUGCCGAUUCCACCAGCCAGGCUGCUUAUCUUGCUCUAAAGGUUAUUCUGGUCUGCUUUGAAAGACAGCUGGGAUGUGAAUGGUAUCAGCUGAGCCUUCAGGUGAAAGAGAUGGCUCUGAGGAAGGUGGGGGGACUGGCCCUGUGGGACUUCCUGGAUUUCAUUGUAAGGACGCGGAUCCCAAUAUUUGUCCUCCUGAGACCUUUCAUCCAGUGCAAGCUAUUGGCGCAGCCUGCAGAGACUCAGGAUGAGCUGAGCGCGCGGCAGCACAUAGCGGACCAGCUGGAGCGACGCUUUAUCCCGCGACCUCUGUGUAAGAGCUCCCUCAUAAAUGAGUUCAAUAGUGAGUUGAAGAUCCUUAAGGAGGCCGUACACAGUGGCUCAGCAUACCAAGGCAAGACGUCCAUCAGCACUGUGGGCACCUCCACCUCUGCGUACCGCCUAAGCUUGGCUACCAUGUCUCGCUCCAACACGGGCACGGGGACUGUCUGGGAACAGGAGAGUGAGCACUCCCAGCAAGCCUCGCAGGACACCCUCAGCCGUACUGAUGAGGAGGAGGAAGACAAUGACUCAGUGAGCAUGCCCAGUGUGGUAAGUGAGCAGGACACAUACCUCUUGAGUGCCAUUGGCAGAAGGCGUUUCUCCAGUCACGCGUCCAGCAUGUCUGUUCCCCAGGCUGAGGGUGGCAUGCUUCCCAGCCAAAGCGAACCUAAUGUUCUUGACGACACCCAUGGGCGUGAUGCCGCGGUCAGCCUGUCUAGGGUAGCAAGUGUGCAGAGCGAGCCUGGCCACCAGAACCUUCUCAUCCAACCACCCUUGGGGAGGAAGAGAGGCCUGAGGCAGGGGGCUUUCUCUCCUUCUCACCUGGUUCAGCUACGAAGGCCUUUGCUCUCACGUCAGAAAACUCAAACUGAACCUAGAAGCCGACACGGGGCAAGACUCUCGACAACUCGCAGGAGCAUCCAGCCACGGCCCAAGCAGAUAAGUCCGGAAGAUCAAAAAACAGUGGAUCAGAAGAGAUCUGUAACCUUUACUGAGACACAGCCUCAGCCAUCCACAUCCCAUGCUGAUGUCCCUCCCAUAGCGCCACCUUCUGGCUGCAGCCCUGCACCAGCCAUCAAACAAGUGUCUGCAGAGAGCCCUGUACUCACCUCCUCUCCUUCCAUCACUGUGGCUGACCUCCACAGCCAGACUGACAGCCAGAGAAGAGCCCGCUUCCGGGCGAAGGAGGGCACGCAGACCAGCCGGGGGGCAGCAGCAGCAGCAUCCCCACUUCUCCACAGCUCUCUGUCGUCCCAUCUGUCUGACCCUGAGGACUUCGCUGGACUGGAGACCAGCAGCCUGCUUCAGUACACAGACACUGUCCUCCAUAUCACCGAAGACAAUGGGACGGAGAACCCCAUGGUUUCCAGACACUUUCACUUCAGUCACAUUGAGCUGGGGGAGACGGACAUUGACCUGGACGAGUCUCAUGUUUAGCUCGGCUGCGUCGGGCCCUGUUACCGUGGUGUGCGUUUCUCCCUGGCACCUGUAGGAACCGUGCAGGGCACUUGCCAGGCCUCCCCUGCAAUCCUGUUUGCUCUGGAGGGUGUGUGUGACUUUGCUGCACAUAUGAUAUCGCUGCUUUGCAAUCUGGUGUACAAAUAGGUAAAUACUGGUCAGAUACGCCCGCCUCAUGUAGGACCAAAGAAAGCUGCUCCCAGCCUGAUGUUAAUGUGGUCUGACGUAGUGUUGUAUGUGUUGGUGAGCUGCUGUCUCCCCAUCUUCUUUACCUGUGACCCGUCACUGGCCGUGCACCGUGUGUAUACAGAUGUGUCCUCACUUAGGGGUCUAUUCAUGAAGCAGUGAAAAGUGUGGAGAAGUGAGCCAAUGGAGCAGUUACCCAUGGCAACCAAUCAGCAUUGAAGUAACAUUUAUAAUUUGCAUACUAUUCAAUUGUAUGGAGCAGCUGAUUGGUUGCCAUGGGCAACUUCUCCACAAGCUCAUUUCUCCACACUUUUCACUGCUUCAUGAAUAGUCCCCUUACUGUUUGUCAGGAUUCUCACAUCUUCCACAUUACGUAGGAAGGGUUACGUGUUCCGCUUGGCACCAGGUGAAUGCAGCGGAGCGCAGAUAUUUUUGAAUAAAUAUCUGUAUAAAGGGGGUAAUUCCAAGUUGAUCGCAGCAGGAAAUUUUUUAGCAGUUGGGCAAAACCAUGUGCACUGCAGGGGAGGCAGAUGUAACAUGUGCAGAGAGUUAGAUUUGGGUGGGUUAUUUUGUUUCUGUGCAGGGUAAAUACUGGCUGCUUUAUUUUUACACUGCAAUUUAGGUUGCAGAUUGAAUACACCACACCCAAAUCUAACUCUCUCUGCACAUGUUAUAUCUGCCUCCCCUGCAGUGCACAUGGUUUUGCCCAACUGCUAAAAAAUCUCCUGCUGCGAUCAAGUUGGAAUUACCCCCAAAGUUAAGAGAGCAACGUUUCAUUAAAAACAAUGGGGGUCAUUCCGAGUUGUUCGCUCUGUAUUUUUUGUCGCAACGGAGCGAUUAGUCGCUAAUGCGCAUGUGCAAUUUGCUAUGCAGUUAGGUAUUUUACUCACGGCAUUACGAGGUUUUUUCUUCGUUCUGGUGAUCGUAAUGUGAUUGACAGGAAGUGGGUGUUUCUGGGCGGAAACAGGCCGUUUUAUGGGUGUGUGCGAAAAAACGCUACAGUUUCCGUGAAAAACGCGGGAGUGGCUGGAGAAACGGGGGAGUGUCUGGGCGAACGCUGGGUGUGUUUGUGACGUCAAACCAGGAACGACAAGCACUGAACUGAUCGCAGUUGCCGAGUAAGUGUGGAGUUACUCAGAAACUGCUAAGAAGUGUCUAUUCGCAAUUCUGCUAAUCUUUCGUUCGCAAUUUUGAUAUGCUAAGAUUCACUCCCAGUAGGCGGCGGCUUAGCGUGUGCAAAGCUGCUAAAAGCAGCUUGCGAGCGAACAACUCGGAAUGACCACCAAUGUAAUUAAUGCUAACGGUCACUUUUAUAUCAUAGUUGACAGAAUGAAUGUUUAAAGACUCACCUCUGAGUAUCUGUUUCAUUCACAAUAGUAAACUAAGAAAAGGAAAGAUACUCUGCGCUUGAAACAAUGUAUCUAAAAAUAUAUAUGUGCAGUCUGACAUAAAAGAAAGAUUGACUCAGUGAGACUUAGAUAUACUAAAAAACUAUUUAUAUAGUGUCGCUAAGACUAAACAUUUAUAACAUACAAUACAACAAACAAUUAAUACAUUCUCUUACACAUAAUAGAAUGAAUGAGAAUUUGAAAUUAUGUGCAACAUGCAAUAAAAUUAAUUGCUAUACCCUUUCAAAUGGUGAUUAUAAUAGUCCGAAUACUGGCGUCCCAGUAUGUUAUUAUAAUAAAUUUGUAGCUCCCGCAA